GUGGGUGGAAUGAAAACAUCGCUAAGAUUUCUGUUUUCACACUGCUUGUGUGACUUAGCAGGUUGGUCGUUUGUUCUUCAUUCGUUCGGGUCUGUGAAAGACCGCGAGCGGUUCUCGCGCACAUUGAUGUGCGAUACGAGCUCGCACGACUUCAUUGUGAAGUAGCAGCUUCCGCGCGCGACAAUCCUUUAGCGCACUCGGAGGAACAUGGCAGCCGUGACCGUGGCUGAUGCGGAUCCAGCAGAGACCGAUGGAGCUGCCGCCGCAGCCGCAUUUACGGAUCUGCUCGACCCAGGAUGGAAUGAGUCGCAGCUUCGACAAUAUACCUUCCAAACCAGACCGAUACCACGACUCUCGCAUACGGAUCCGCGUGCAGAGGUUCUAAUAAAUAAUGAGGAGCCUGUUGUAUUAACAGACACCAGCUUGGUAUAUCCAGCUGUGAAGUGGGACAUACCCUACUUGCAAGAGAACAUUGGGAAUGGGGACUUCUCUGUUUACAUAGCAGAAAAUCACAAAUUCUUGUAUUAUGACGAGAAGAAAAUGGCAAACUUUGAGGACUUUGUGCCCGGGUCUCGUCGAAUAGAGAUGAAAUUUUCAGAGUUCGUGGACAAGAUGCGUCAAACAGAAGAGCAAGGUGGAAAAGAAAGAGUGUACUUGCAGCAAACUCUGAAUGAUACAGUAGGCCGAAAAAUAGUGGUGGAUUUCCUUGGAUUCAAUUGGAACUGGAUUAACAAACAGCAAGCUAAGCGAAACUGGGGACCGCUGACUUCGAAUUUGCUGCUCAUAGGCAUGGAAGGCAAUGUGACACCAGCACACUAUGAUGAGCAACAGAAUUUCUUUGCACAAAUCAAAGGACAUAAGAGGUGCAUUCUUUUUCCUCCUGAUCAGUUUGAAAGCCUCUAUCCUUACCCUGUUCAUCAUCCAUGUGACAGACAGAGUCAGGUUGAUUUUGAAAAUCCUGAUUAUGAGAAGUUUCCUAAUUUCAAAAAUGCCAUUGGAUAUGAGGCUGUUGUGGGACCAGGUGAUGUCCUGUACAUCCCAAUGUAUUGGUGGCAUCACAUUGAGUCCUUAUUAAAUGGAGGAGUGACCAUCACAGUGAACUUCUGGUACAAGGGUGCACCCACUCCAAAGAGGAUAGAGUACCCAUUGAAAGCUCAUCAGAAGGUGGCCAUAAUGAGGAACAUAGAGAAGAUGUUGGGAGAGGCCUUGGGGGACCCACAUGAGGUUGGUCCAUUGCUGAACAUGAUGAUCAAGGGUCGUUAUGAUCAUGGACCGAGUUAAUGGCCUGAGCUGAACCCUCUUUUGUGUGCUGCUAGGACAGUCUAUUUGUUUGUAUGUGUGGAUAUGAAUAUACAGUAUGCUUGUGUGUGCAUUCAGACUGCUGAAAUGCCAGUGCAUGGCAGUAUUUUGGCAGUUGAAAAAAAACUUCUGCCUUUUGUCUGCUUUCAUUUACCGGACCUUUAUUAGUAGUUCUGUGUUGGUGUAUGGAGAAAACCACUAGUGAGAAACCUUUGAUUUCUCCUAAAGAGUUCUUAUGUCCAUAUGUGUGACACAUUACAUACUAAUAAAUAGUCUAAUGCAUUAGUUGAACCUGUAAAGCACUUACACCACUCUGAGCGCCCUUUGUCAGUUUUUGUCCCAUGUUGGGACAAAGAAGGUACCAUAUGUCAUGAUUAGACUCCUGUGGUCUGCAGAAUGAAACUGGCAGAGUGCCUCGAAUACAUCCAUAGAGGAGGAUGAUUUACAACUUGAAACCUACAGUCGGCCAAUUGAACGGUAUUUAAUGGUUGAUACGGUCGUUUUUGAAAAAUCUCUCAGAACAAUAUUUGUUUUAUUUUGUUUGCUUUUGAAUUUGAUCUGAUGACUUAACAAUGUUUCUGUUAGGAUAAAAGUUAUGCAGAAUGCUGUGGUUGGCCAAAAUGUUUUUAAAACAUUUCUGAUACUGAAAUUUUGCAUUUGCAUAUUGUAAAUGCAUUUGUGAUGUUCCUUUUUUUUUUUUUUUUUUUUUAAAGCUGUGUACAUUAAGGCAAAAGGUGUUUUAUGUUUCUUGUAACAUAACAUGGUACCAUUUCAAUCGGGAUUUUAAUUCAGAACAAGCUACUCACAAAGUGUUAACUUUAUCUAAGGAUAUUAAAGAAAUAAUAAUAAAAAAAUUUUUUUAAUUUAAAAUGUAUUUUAGUUAUAAAUAUAAUGUUUUGUAUUCAUUUAAUUAUUAGAAUUUCUGCCUUCUGGUGUUUUUAGGAUCCAACAUUUGUGUUAAGAAACUGAAAGUGAUGAUACCUAUGUUCAGGGAAGAAACGCAAACAAACCAACCAACCGACCGACCGACUUUAAUUCUUUAAAUGCACUGCAUGCAAACUUUGCAUUCAGUGGGCCACAAUUAUCCUUAUGAUCUUACCAGCCUGGUCUCAUGAAAUUUACGUGAGCAUUGCAAUGUUUUUGCAAAGCUGAAAUUACGUGCUUCAUUAAACAUUUGGCUGCAGACAAGGUUGGAUCAUGCAGUAUACUUUUCUUUUCCAGGUUUUAGCUGGAAGUGGGGUUUGGUUAAACUGACUUUGUAUAUUGACAUUGUUUGCGACACUAUCACACUUAGCUUUUCCAAUGUCAAAAUUGACUCGGUUGUGCAAAUCCCAUCAAUGCAGAAACAAAAAGUAAAAUAAAUCAAUCAGCACACUAGGACAUGAAUAUUCAUUUUGCUGCACAGUCACUUAAAAUCUCAAUAAGGAUUAUAAAGGAAAAAAAUACAAUUCUAACACGACUGGCCAUGCCUGACAGUCUCCACUUUUUGCAGUGUAGACUUUCACUGAGAUGUGUUUUGUCUCUGUAAAGUAUAACUUAACAGAUCCUGGCAUCCUGUUUAUUGUACUGGAGCAUUUGAGUUUUUGAAAAGACCUAAGCUUGAUCCUAGUAGUGUUACAUUUUCAUUUUCUAAAACGUCCUGCAUGAUCUACUGGUCUUUUGUAGUUCUUGGCAUUGAGUCCUAAGUGGCUGCUGAAAGUUACAUUUGUUGCCAUCUGUUCUGCUUAUAGACCUGAAAAUAAAAUGUUUUCUUUUCACACCUUCACGUUAUAAGAUGUGUAAGCACAUGUAUAUUCCUCCACUCUAAAAUUAUUUCAUUCUCUCAAAGCAAUCUAAGCUUCAGCAGUCUCAAGAGGUAGUAAAGUACUUGUAUAGGACAGAACUGAGAAAAGACAGCAUUCAUAAAACAUAAAAUCUUUACUAGUUACACUCAGAAACAUCAAUCCAUUCAAAAAUAAUAUGAAUGCAUUUGAAUCUAAUCACUGCAAUUCAUUUACAGGGCCACAGUGGUGUUGGAAAAGACUGGUAAUGUUGACAGUUGACAACACGAUCCACAUGUAAACAGAGUACAUCAAGCACAAACUCUGAAAAUACUAGUGAAAUAACAGAGAUGACGGUACAGCUGUUCAUUGUGAACACAAACCACUUCCAGUACUAAAACUAUGGCAAGUCAGCUAAUUACACAAUACAUGGUUUUGAAACUAAUCAAUAAAAUCAAAUAUGCAAGCAAAGGAUAGAUCUAUCCAAAGCUUGUCCAAUGUGUAGAAGGAUUUCCCUUUAGAUAAA